AUGGUGGACAACGAUCUAGAGUGUCAGCUUGAUGGGGCCCCAUCGCUUAGUGACGGGAAGCCAUUCCCUUCUGGCGCCAAAUCGUCGAUCAGGCAGAAGUAUAUCGGAUCAGGAACAGAGCAGGACCCAUUUGUUGUGACUUGGAUUCCCGACGAUCCCUCCAAUCCUCAGCGCUAUGAUAUGGGAAAGAAGAUCGGUAUCACGAUAGCUGUGUCGACUGCAGCUCUGGCAGUGGGCCUUGGAUCGUCAGACUAUUCUGGAGGUGUCGACCAAAUAGAAGAUCAUUUCAACAUCGGCUCCGAAGUUGCGACCUUAGGCCUCUCGCUCUAUGUUGUUGGCUUCGCAUUGGGUCCGAUGGUAUGGGCCCCCCCUUAG